UGUCUGCUUUCUCAUUGUUUGUUUCCCUUUCUAUAUUUGGUUUGAUUUGUUUUCAUUUCCCGUAAUAACAUUACUCAUUGCUAAUAAAAUUUAACUAGACAUGUGAUUGAGCGUUAUCAGGUAUUAUCCAUAGCUAUAGUAUUGGAAGAAAGAAACUUUCCUUUGUACAGUUUUACUUGGAAGAUCGUUAUAGUGACUGAAAUUUAUUUGUCAUUAUGUCCUUCUCUGGUAAAAGCAAGCAUAUAGGAACACUUCAAACAACAGAUUUAAUGUGUAAAAAUGAUUGUGGAUUUUUUGGUAAUCCAGAAUGGCAAGGAUACUGCUCUAAAUGCUAUAGAGAGCUCAAUCAAAAAAGCCUUCUUCGAAAAAAGCCUUCAAAAAAAGUUCAGCGAAGCUACAGUGAUGUGCAAGACAGUACACUCAGUUUAGGUUUCUCAAAAUUUGAAGAAAAAAAGAAACAGCAAACUGAAAAACGUGCCAAUACACUGAAGACUAUUAUAAAAAGAGGUCAUACACUGAAAGAAAGUAACUCUCAGUCUCCUUCAAAGGAUGUUUUUCCAGCUGGUGAUUCCUUAAGUAAAGAUUUACAAAUUAAAGACUCUGUCAUAAAGGAUGUGUCUAAAUUUAUGAAGCAGCAAAUGGAUGUUAUGCAAAAAUAUUAUGACAAAUCUAUUGAUGAACAAGCUGAAGCUAUGCAUGACUAUUACAACUUCAUGUUUAACAGAGCUGAAACACAUAAUGCUUAUAAAGAUAUGUCCCCUGAACAGAUAGAUUUACUACUUGACAAAAUAGAAGAGCAGCUAAUGAGUCAUAUGCACAGAAAUAUAACUCAUCAGAUCACAUCAGAAUAUGAAGAGAAAGACUUAGCUUUACAAAAGAGAAUUCGAAAUUUAAAUUGGAUAACACCACAACAUUUAGGCCUAGAUAUCAAAGAAAAUAGCCCAGAAGUUCGAGACUUGAUAGACAAAGCCAUCACAGGUAAUUUAUCUUUUGGUGCAAGUGAUGAAGAGAUUUUAGCAGAAGUUAUCCCGGGUGAUCAAAGUGAUGAGGAAGAAGCAGCUGACUGUUCUCAAAACAGGACUCAAAUUUCACCCGAGAAUGCCAUAUUGCUAAUUAACACUUUGCAAGAUUUUGUUGCAACAUUACCAAAUGUAACUGAUGUUCAUUUGAAUUCAUUAGAUGGACUGAAAUCUAUGUGCAUGGAAAUGACAGGUUUUACUGUAUACAGAUUACAAUUUUGUUUUACUGUUUGUUACUUCUUUACAAACCUUUGUUGUGCUGUGGAAUUUAUUGACCAACUUACUGCAGAAUCAUUGAAUAUUAGUGAAGACGAGUUUAAUCGUUAUAUGUCAGGUGAAAUGCCUUUAACUAACUUUGAACCUGAUGUCACUGCAUCAGAAGGGCUUCGUCUCAUGACCCAAAACUUCAACUCUCUUAGUGCAAUACAAGAUAAAACUAAUCAAGUUAUGGAAGAUCUGCUUGUUUUGAAAAAUGAUCUUAAUAACUUUGAGGAAACAAUUCGAAAAUGUAAAUCUACACCACCGUUGAUAAUCAACCCUACACCCUAUACAGUUCCUUCAAACGUAGACAUGAGCCUCAUACCUGAAGUUCUUCGAAGUCGCGUCGUGCGAGCUCCUCUAGAAGCAGUUCUCGUCGACAUUGAUUCCCAAAGUGAGUUGUUUCAUUCUUCAAUGCCAGAAGAGGCAACAUCUCUCGUAGAUACAUCCGAACCCAAAGAAACUGACAAAACUCCAGACUCUUCACUAAAUAACGAUACCAAAUUAGCUUUUUCUCCAGCUGUUGAUUUAUCCACUUUUAUACAACCUUUACAAGUUGUACUACCUUCAGCUACAAUCGAAACAUCCUCGUUAUCUUCCCACAGCUUAAUCUCGAAUGUUCCACAGUUUGUUAAUAUACAGGAUGUUGAGUAUCCUACAGACGUUUUUCCAGAAAACAAACCCGAAGACUCUGUUGUUGAAUUUGGACCUUUUGAGAGCUGUGAUACAGCCGAAGCUGAUGAUAAUGUGGAUAUCCACAUGUCCACCGUAGACCCUAUGUCUCCUAACUCUAGUUUUAUGGAACAAAAUUGGCAGCUCCCUCCUCCUCUUCAACCUGUUGUUGUUCGGAAUGUUAGUGUAGAAUCAAAUGAUAAAAAAGUCUGAUUUUAUGUAACUAGAAUAUAUUAUUCAAGUUAAUGUAUUUCAAAUACUAUUCAUUUGUAUAAAAAAUCAGUUUUUAAAGUUGUGUAUGUGAUAUAUUUUAAACUAUUCUUAUAACUAUUUUGCAUUUUAAAAGUAUUGGUGGUAUAAAAAUAUACUAACUAUGUGAUUCAAUGUAUGGCAGUUUUUAUUCAUAUAUUUUUCAUUAUGAACCAAUUACUUGUUUUUUUUAUCUUUUGGUUGCAUUUAAACUUAUUUUCCUUUACAAUAUAGACUUUUAUUGAAUAUAACCUGCUUUAUUGAGUAUCCCGUUUUCAAAAAUCAAAGAUAAUUAUAAAUUAGUAGAAAAUAAUUUUCUUUUCAGUUAUGAAAAACAUGUUGCAAAUGCCGAGGAAUAUUUGUUGUAACACGCAAUUUUAAUGUCAAUGGAAUUAUGCAGAUUAAAUCAAUUACUUUAACAACACUGAAUAAGAAGUUAUUGUUAACAGGAAUGCUGUUCAUUUCUGAAUUAAAUUGUUUCAUCACUCUUAGUUUUUUCAAAUAAAAAAGUUUUCAAAUUUAAA